AUGGUUUUUGUCAUUGUAAACGAAAACCUCGAGCGAUCGGGUGGAGAGGUCGUUUGGGUUUUCAAUGUCGAAAACGAGCUGCUCGUUCCAAGUGGGGUUUAUGAGGUUAUUGGGUUUGGUCGAGGUUCGUUUGCGCUGCCUGUCGAAUUUUACCUCGACAAAAGGGCUCGAGUUUUCGUGGAUGUUCUUGGGCACGAGGUUGCUGGCAUCGAGCACCUCAACCACGAAUUACUCCCUCAGGAGCCAGUAGCUCAUGCAUUUGUUUGCCAAAUACCACAUCCACAUGGAUUGAACUUUGAACAAAACUGGAAAAAACCACCAUUAAGAUUAGCAGAAGCCCCUAAAAAUCCAUCCAUUCACCGGUUUGUGGCUAAGCUGACGUCAAAUCCCAAUCGUGAUUUUGUAAACAUUCACCGGACGGAAGCUUGUCAGCAAGAAACAAGAAUGGGCCACCAGGAUUAUAUAAUCCCGGCAAGAAGUUGUGUUGUUGAGGAUGGUAUCCAAGAUAUUGAGUCGGGCCAAUCUGUAGCGGCACUUUAUAAGGGUAAGCUUGAUGAGGUAAAGGGUGUGAUAAAGUUGGAAACUUUGGCUGCAACGAACCGUAACUGGCGAAAUGCUGCAUGGGACUCGAAACCGGCAGAUGAUAAUCACUCUAACAAAUGUGGAUUUUCAAGUGAAGGUGGAGUGAACUCAUCACCGACAUCAAAAAUUCGAUUGAGAUCGAUGGAAGGAGUCACUGAUCGUUUUAAAUCGACAGCUGGACAAGAUAAUACAGUUCCCAUGACAUCAUCUUCAACAGCAGCAACAUUUAGGUCGAACCCAGAAAAGCAACACUGGCUUUUUUCUCUGUUUGAGCUUCUCCAAGUAGAAACGGGCCAAAAAGCGCUUGUCUUGCUCGGGCCCGUCCAGCCCAGCCCGCCUCGAAACUCCAAAGGAAUCGUGGGCUGUCCACUAAGAACCCCUGUUUUCGCCACAACACAUCGAAUUCGGCAACUUUUGCUAUCGAGGACUCGGAAGAUUCGUAUUUGCAUUUCGGGUUCCAUGUGUUUUCGCCGCCUUCCCUCAAUAAUCCCUCAUGAUGAUUCAUCAAAAUCAUUGUUUCUCCCGAAUGAGUCAGGAGAUUCUCGUGUUCAUUGCCGCCAAUUAGGAAACAAGAAAACUGCAGCUAGAACAAGGGGAACAAUGAAAGGUAAUAUCUGCGAGAAGAGAGCAGAAGCAGAUAGAUCUGAACAAACACUAAAUGAACAAAGGGGCAAAGCUCGAAACCCAGAAGAAAGGAAAAGGAAAUCUAGAAGCCACUAA